CAAGAACCUGUAUAACUCUGAUCUGGAUCUUACUGUUGGGACUCGGCUACGGGCUCGUCUGUGGAUGAGAUUUUAAACAGCAGAGAAGCAACACAAGAUUACCUGCAGUGGACCUUGAAGUGUUAAAGAUCUGAGUGGAGUGGAGCAGCAGCAGAUCUGAUUAAGAUGACUCAUGUGAAGAGAUUUCAAGGAAUUCCAAUGUCAAAGUCGAUGAGAGGUUUGUGUAAAGAGGAAGACUACGCAUUUCUGGCAGAGUCGGAGGGCACGGCAGAAGAAACGGCGGGAGCGGUGGCUUUGGAGGACGACUGGAGAGACGGAAAGGAGGAGAGGGUCCGCCGGCGACUGGAUAGGGAGAGGCAGGAAAAAGAGAAGCUGAGAGAAAUAGAGGAGAGCAAGAAGGAGAAAGAGCAGCAGUGGCGCUCUCACGUAGCAGAACUGACCUCCACCCAGGAGAAAGCCCUGCAAGACCGACUCAGAAGACUCAGAAGAUUCAGGGAGUUCCAAAAGAAGGUGUUAGUGGAGGAGUCGGGGAUGGAGGGCCUGGCGGCUGGCCUCACAGUCGACCAACUCCUCACCAGGAUGUAGAUGCUCUGUGGGACACCAGCAGGGAGGCGUCAGCUGAUUCCCCACUUCAUCUCACGAAAAUGUAAUGUCAUAAUAUGCGUGUGUUGCAGUCAAAGUCGGCAAAAGCGUAUGGCUUGGAUUCACUUCUGGCUUAUAUCCAUUUGUUUUCGACAGCUCCGUGUUUCAAAAUCACUCUCUAAAGCAGGAGUCCAUAAAGAGAGAUUGACUUGUGUUUACAUAAAACUGUGGCGCUUUCAUGUUUGACUGAAAGAAGGACUCACCACUGUAGGCUGCUGCUUGCUUUAGAAAGUGAAACAGUAGCAUUGGCUUUUCAAAGUGGCUUUCUUUCUAAUUUAAUAAGUGCAAUAAAUAAUAAAAACCUU